GUAGUUAUUACCAUUAGCCAGCAAGCAAAAGCCUUGGCUUCUCCCUCCCUCCACCUCCACUUUUUCAUCCAACUUUCAGUUUAGAGCGCUAACUCUUCAUUUAAAGAGAUUCUCUGCUAGUGUAAUUCAUCGUGGCAUUAAAGUGUCUGUGUGUAAGCCUCUUGAUUCUCGCCCUUUCGAGCUCCAAUCAACAACUGAUCAUCAUCAUCAUCCUCAGAUUUCAGAAUUCUAUUACUUAUAUACAAGUUCUCUAUUCUGUUGAAUUCCACAAGAGAUUAAAAAAUGCUGACGUGCAUAGCUCGCUCGAAGCAACCUGGGGAUGACUCACUGAGUCAACCCGAAGACUCAGACUCCUCCAACACGCCCGGUGCCAAACACCAAGCUAUCAAAUCUCUCACUUCUCAGCUCAAGGAUAUGGCAUUAAAGGCCUCGGGAGCCUAUCGACACUGCAACCCAUGUACGGCUCCGGGGGCUCAGAGUCGGUUCAAAAACUCGGGCGAGUCGGAUGCCGACUCGGACCGGUUCAGAUGGUCAUAUAGGAGGACCGGGAGUUCCAGCUCGACGACGCCUAGGACAUGGGGGAAGGAGAUGGAGGCGAGGCUUAAGGGGAUAUCGAGUGGCGAGGCGACUCCGAUAAAAUCAGUGAGUGGGCGCCGAGUUGACCCGGUUGUGUUAAUUGAAGAGAGUGAACCCAAGGAGUGGGUGGCCCAGGUGGAACCCGGUGUGCUUAUUACCUUUGUUUCUCUGCCACGUGGAGGGAAUGAUCUUAAGCGAAUACGGUUCAGUCGAGACAUGUUUAACAAAUGGCAAGCUCAAAGAUGGUGGGCAGAGAACUAUGAUAGAGUCAUGGAACUCUACAAUGUCCAGAGGUUUAACCGCCAAGCUUUUCCACUUCCAACACCCCCAAGAUCUGAAGAUGAGAGCUCAAAAAUGGAAUCUGCAGAAGCGAGUCCUGUAACACCACCACUUACCAGAGAACGGUUACCUCGUAACUUGUAUCGUCCAACUGGGAUGGCAAUGGGCUACUCAUCCUCAGAUUCACUUGAUCAUCAACCAAUGCAAGCACGCAAUUACAACGACUCCGGUGGUCUCACCUCAACCCCGAAACUCUCCAGCAUUAGUGGGGCCAAGACAGAGACAUCAUCAAUGGAUGCCUCUAUAAGAAGUAGCUCAUCAAGGGAGGCAGAUCGCUCGGGAGAACUAUCCAUCAGCAAUGCUAGUGAUCUUGAGACUGAAUGGGUAGAACAGGAUGAACCAGGGGUUUACAUCACUAUCAGAGCUUUACCAGGAGGCAAAAGGGAACUCAGACGGGUCAGAUUCAGCCGAGAAAGAUUUGGGGAGGUGCAUGCUAGAUUGUGGUGGGAAGAGAAUAGAGCAAGGAUACAUGACCAAUACUUGUGAUGGGGGGAGCUGGUUUUUUUGCAUUGGGGGUGUGCUUUUUCUCAAUAUUGGUUCAGUAAUACUAGUAGAGUCUCUGUAAUGGAGAUGUGAAUCCUUAAACAAGUCCAAGUUAUGGACUGUGUAAUUGCUUGCGAUUAUCUUCUUGGGAUGCAGGUGGUGAACUCAUGAAAAAUCAAAUUUAUAUUAAUAGUUUUUUCUUUUGUCUCCA